UAAAGUACAUUAAAUAUGUUUUUCUUUCUUCAGAUUGCCUUGCUGUGUCUUGGUGGGUUACUGUUUGGAUCUGGAGGGAAUGCAUUAAUUCAGGGAGGCCCGAGCCCCCUUUCAGCUUAUGCCCUGCGGCUGGGACCAGGAGAAGAAAUACUCACGUCAUUGGUUAAAUUUGUGCAGGAGAAGAGACUAAAAGCUCCAUUUGUUUUCACUUGUGUGGGCAGUGUCACCAAAGCAACCAUCCGACUAGCUAAUUCUGAUGUUCUGAAUACCAAUGAGAUCAUUUACUUAAAAGAAAAGCUUGAGAUUGUUUCCUUGGUGGGGACACUAAAUGAAAAAGCGCACCUCCAUAUAUCGCUGGGUGACAAGGAUGGGACGACCAUUGGUGGGCAUGUCAUGGGAGAUCUGGAGGUCUUCACCACAGCUGAAAUAGUUAUCGGAGAACUCAGCAACCUGGAAUUCACCAGGGAGAAGGAUGAACACACAGGCUUCCUGGAGCUAUUCAUUAGACCUCGCUCAGAAAAUAUUAAAGGCGUCUAGCUUUUAAAUUAUGUUCCAUUUUUGUUCAAGAAACUGAAUGAGAUAUAUUGGUUUCAGAUCAUGCCUUUAGGUUGCUCUUUGCAUUAUUGUAUUGAUUGCAGCCAUUUGAUCACGUACAACAUAAUCAGUCCAGGUACAAAACAGACAAAGUCCAUUUAUUUCAGUAAAUUCCUUAAAUGACCAAUUAUUAAUUUGCCCUUUUUAGCAUUAUUAGCUUUGAUUUUACUAUUUUUUUCUCUCCAUGGUGCCCCAGGCUGUGCUGCAGGGAUUUUUUUUAUAAGACUGAUUGGCCCAUAGAGGCUACAGGACAAUGGCUGCAUCUCAGAGGGCUAAUGAAUGUACUGUUUGCUCAUCUUUACACAGUUACUAUAAGCCACUAAUUGGGAGGGACAGCUCAAACAAGCACAGGGGAGCAGUUGUCAGAUAAGCGUGACAUGGGUCUAAAGAAGCAGUUAAUGCAGCUUCAGUGCCUUUUCCUGCAGCACACCAUUUACACAUAACACUAACUUAUUAGCUGCCUUAUGAAAUAAGGGAGGGCACAGUCAUUUCACCACUUUAUGAACCAUUAAGUUGCUGAUUCUGACUUUUAAAAAUUCAGCUUGUGGAACUGUGCGAGGCCUAUUUAUCCACAUUGUCAUUUUAGCAGUUUAAACUCAUUUUCUCUAAAGCCAGGAAUGCCAUGUAAUUUAUUAAAAGAUCCAAAUAUGAAAAGUACAAGAAGAAAAGCUGAACAAAGUGCUACAAAAUAAGAAAACCUCUAAAAUUUUGAAUUUUUAGAAAAUUACUAUCGAAAAAACAUCCGAAAACUUCUAAUGGGGGAAUGUAAUAUGUUUUUCGCAAAAAAUGUUCGCAAAGACCAUUGUGAACGUUAGUGAUCAUAGUUGCAUCCUUUUUCUCUGAUUACAGACCUCAACGACUUCCUCGUAAAGUUUGCGACCAAAUGGCUUUUGUGAACAUUCGCAGAUGGUAAUGCUAUCCUUUGC